ACAUUUAACUUCAUAACGAGAGCUACACACCUGCAGGAGCUCUGCAGCCUCCUCUGCUCUGUCUGGCAUGAUGGAGACUCUGAACACAGCUGAGCUCUGCUUCCCACACCUCCUCAAUGCCUCCUGCAGGAAGCCGCCACAGCGUCCUGCUGAGAACGUUUUCAUCUUCAUGGUGUUGUGUCUUCUGUCUGUGCUGACUGUGACUCUAAACCUGCUGGUUAUCAUCUCUGUCUCUCACUUCAGGCAGCUGCACACCCCCACCAACCUCCUCCUGCUCUCUCUGGCCGUCUCAGACUUCCUUAUUGGCUUCUUUGUGAUGCCGAUUCGCAUUCGUAUCACAGAGGGUUGCUGGGUUUUGGGGACUUUUAUGUGUGGACUGUACACCUUCACUGCUUUCAUUCUUACAUCUGUGUCAGUGGGACACAUGGUGCUCAUAUCAGCUGAUCGAUACGUGGCCAUCUGUGACCCGUUACGUUACCCCACCAAAGUCACUCUGAGGAGAGUUCAAGUCUGUGUUUGUCUGUGUUGGGCCACUUCUGCUUUCUACAAUGGAGUGAUUCUUAAGGAUUUUCUGGAAGAUCCAGACAGAUAUAACCUCUGCCUCGGAGAGUGUGUAUUGUUUAUAGACUAUAUAACAGGAGCUUUUGAUGUGGUCAUCACUUUCUUUGGUCCCAUUAUAGUCAUUGUGGUUCUGUACAUGAGAGUGUUUGUGGUGGCUGUGUCUCAGGCUCGAGCCAUGAGGUCUCACAUCGUUUCUGUCCAGAGUUCAGCUCACCGUAGUGUAAAAAAGUCUGAACUGAAAGCAGCAGCAGCUCUGGGUGUGGUUGUGUUUAUGUUUCUGGUGUGUUUUUGUCCGUAUUUCUACCCCAACAUCGCAGGUCUGGCAUACAAAUCCAGUGAUUUUUUAAGAGUUUUUGGAACCUGGCUCUUUCAUAGCAACUCAUGUUUGAAUCCAGUGAUCUAUGCUUUUUUCUAUCCCUGGUUCAGGAAAUCUCUGAAGAGUAUUUUCACCCUGCAGAUACUGCAGCCCGACUCCUCUGAUGCAAUCAUUCUGUAGACAUGUUGUGUUAAAGAGCUAUUUUGAGGAAACAAAAAAAGUCUAUAGUGAUGUACCUACCUUACCUACAUAGCCUUUUUCUUACUGCCACUUAACAUACACAGUCCCAUUCACUCACUGUAGGAGCCAAACUGCACAUAUAUUGUUUGCCCUGUGGGUGUCGCCUUGGUGGGAAUUGACAUAA